UUGUAGUGCAGAGACUUGUGAUCAUGAGGACUUUACGUUGGUUGGUGUUGGCUCAGAACCUGCGUGCUUCGGCAAGAUGGCUGUCUGGGUAGAACCGUGCAAACCACAGGUAAAACUUUUGCGUAUGGUCCACUCAUCAUCCACACCUGCCCCGCCUAAAGAGGAUGAUACACCUAAAGCACUAACACCUUUUGAGGAGCAGUUUUUCCAAACAACAGAGGGACAAGGCCUCGUUUGUGCAAGUGCUGGAUUUGUUUUGUGGCCGGGAUGUCCGGAGGAGAGGACAUGUAGAGAUGAUUGAGGCGGCUCUUAAAUGGAUGCCUGAAUUUGGACUGGAGAAAGAUCUGCAGGUUUACAACAAAAUCCUUGAUGUGUUCCCCAAAGAGAUUUUUGUUCCCCGAAACGUCAUCCAAACAAUGUUCAACCAUUAUCCCCGGCAGCAAGAGUGCGCCGUCAAGUUGUUGGAACAGAUGGAGACAUACGGCGUUACCCCUGACAAGAACACACCAGUUUCCUGCUAAUACAAAUAUUUGGGAAACUUAGCCAUCCUGUGAAGAAGUACCGGAGGAUAAUGUACUGGUUCCCUCGGUUCAAGCACACCAACCCUUACCCAGUUCCAGCUGGUAUUGAGGCCGACCCCGUCUCUAUGUCAAAACAUUGCCUGGAACGCAUAGCAGCCGACAAGUGCGCCAAAAUCACAGUGUACCAGCUGCCAUCAACAGAACAGUGUGACGAUGGGACAGUUAAAGAGCACACGCAUCUUGUGGGUAUCCAGUCACCGGAACAGAAGGAGCUUCUAGAGAACCAUGAUCGCAAUUACCCUGUCCUGGUUGAAGGUCCAUUUACUUUAUGGCUGAAGAAGACCUGCACAUAUUAUUACAUCUUACGUGCUGAGCCCAAUGCUAAUAAAUGGGAGGAAACAGUAGACCCUGAAAGGAGUUUAUAUUACCCAAUCGAAUUGGACCUGGACCUGGAUCGAGAUCUCUCUGAUACUUACACCUUUGAUGUGGAUAAAGUGGAGGAAGGCCCAGUCUACGCUAUGUGCGCGGCAGGAGAUGAAAAGCUGCUGGUCAAAUGGAUUCAGGGGCUGCAAGAGACUAAUCCGAUCCUUGGGGAGGUGCCCGUCCUUUUCCGACUGUCCUCUGGCCCUCUGGAGUUGGGUCUUCCAGAACAAACAGACAGUUCACAAUUGGAGAGCAAUGAGGAAAGCACUCAGCGGGAGAGACUCGGGAUGGAGCAGUAA